AAGGCAACGUGUCUAACCUACGUAUUACGUAUACAAAAGGCUAGCUUCCCAAUUGAAGCUAACCCUAGUUACUGGCUAGUCUACGAUUUGCAAUUUACUGUAUACAAGUCUCUUUUUACUGGGAUAUUCGUGCAUUUUUUUUGUGAGGCUCGUCGACACUGAAAACGCAUCAUGUCGUACAUGCUCCCGCAUCUCCACAAUGGCUGGCAGGUCGACCAGGCGAUCCUCUCUGAAGAGGACCGGGUGUUGGUGAUCCGUUUUGGUCACGAUUGGGAUCCCACAUGCAUGAAAAUGGACGAAGUUCUGUACAGCAUUGCCGAGAAGGUUAAGAACUUUGCAGUGAUUUACUUGGUGGACAUCACAGAGGUGCCCGACUUCAACAAGAUGUACGAGUUGUACGACCCGUGCACGGUCAUGUUCUUCUUCAGGAACAAGCACAUCAUGAUUGAUUUGGGCACGGGCAACAACAACAAGAUCAACUGGACCAUGGAGGACAAGCAGGAGAUGAUAGACAUUGUCGAGACCGUGUACAGGGGAGCGAGAAAAGGAAGAGGUCUUGUAGUUUCACCAAAGGACUACUCUACAAAAUACAGAUAUUGAUUGUUUUGUUUUGGAUUUUAUCAUGGACUUUAUUUGUGUUUCCUUGUUGAAUUUUUUGGGACAAAAGACUACAUGUAAGAAUUUGUUUUGCAUCUAUGCAGUUUGUCAGUUACCCCAACACCUCCAUCGCAACAAAUUAAAGCAGGCCAAUAUUCUUAUUCUGUGAAUAAACAUUCGGCAUGUGA